AUGUUUAAAGACCGCAUAAUCAUACCAGCGUGUUUUCAAAAGAGAAUUUUGCGACAACUUCAUCGAGGUCAUCCGGGUAUUGACAAAAUGAAAACCGUUGCCAGAUGUCGUGUAUAUUGGCCGGGAAUCGACGAAGACAUUACAUCAUUCGUGCAUCAAUGUCAUGCCUGUGCCAGAGCAGCAAAGUCUCCGGUAAAAACAACUCUCGAAUCAUGGCCAACUACAACAGCACCAAUGGAUCGCACUCACAUCGACAUUGCGGGCCCUUGUGACGGAACAUACUAUUUCGUCAUUGUGAGUUCAUAUUCAAAGUGGUUGGAAGUUCUUCAAGUCAGUAAUAUUGCAUCUAGCAUGAUGAUAACUAAAUUGAGUGAAUUAUUUUCCCGACAUGGUUAUUGCAAGCAACUAGUUUCGGACAAUGGAACUCAAUUCAUUAGUGCUGAAUUCCAAACCUUCAUCAAAUCACGUGGAAUCUAA